AUGCAUGUUGACGCUGUUUCCGAGGCAAUCUCAUUCGAUUCCGGUGAAAAGGUGCUAAGCUUUCGUCCGUCCCCCAACACUUUCGCUCGAAAUGGAAGUGAGCUCAACAUUUCAUACACUUUUAAUUCCAGUCAGAGGCUUGCCAAUAUCAUUCGCAUUCGGUGUGCCCGUGCCAGAACAGACCUUUCUGAGCAUCUGUUCAUGCCUCCCGUGUUGCUAACUCGGCGUCCGUUGUGCAAGUACACGAAUCAGCAAAAAAUGUAUGCAAAAGACAAAGCACUCUUGUUUCAAGCUAGUCCUGUCUGGUGCUAUCACGUUCUGUCGACGAAUGCCGAGUCUCAAACUAUUCGAAAACACUCCAGCCCCUUAUCCCGCCCACCCAGCCAAUUGGCAGGCCAACAAUCGGCCCGGCAACAGACCAACACAACGGCGCACCGACAAGCGGACCAACACAGAGUCACUCAACCCUAUCAACUGAUAAACUGGGUGGCAAUAUGGAUAUGUGAUACCGGACCUGAAAUCGGGGAGGGGGAGGGGGAAGUAUUCGCCGAAAAGCCCGACAAAGAGGGCCCUCGAUUCGUACCAUCCGACCAUGCCUCCCUUCAAUUUGUGUAUAUGCUUUAA